AUCAGAGCAGGUCUCUUAAUUUAUUCAUUCUUUUAUUAUCCCACCCACUCACUCAAAAUGAAGUACUCCCUCACCCUCAUCGCCCUCGCCAGCACAGCCCUAACGGCUCCCACUCAGCGCGAAGAGCGUGGCCUCUUCCCCGGCUUUGGUGAUUCAAGCUCCGGCUCCGGAUUCGGUGACUUGUUUGGCGGGGGUUCCGGAUCGUCUGGCUCCUCUGGAUCCGACUCCAGCUCUGGCACCAGCUCCGCGUCCGGCGCUGCAUCGACCCCGUCGUCGACCUCAACUACCACCUCUGCUCAGGGAACAGAUGCCCUUGGUGACUUUAGUGAUCUCUUAGGUGGAUCUUCCUCUGUCGGCGGAAGCACCGAAAAUGGUGUCACCGACAACGACGGAUGCCAGCCCUUGACAUUCAUCUUCGCCCGCGGCACCACCGAAAUGGGCAACAUGGGCUCUGUCGUCGGACCACCUGUUGCCAAGCAACUAGCCUCCCAAACCAACAACAAGGUCACCGUACAGGGUGUGGACUACCCCGCUGAUGCCGCCGGUAACGCCUCUAUGGGCUCCUCUGGCGGCCCGAAGAUGGCCUCCCUCGUCAAACAAGCCCUAAAGCAAUGCCCCAACACCAAAGUCGUGCUCGGCGGCUACUCGCAAGGCAGCAUGGUCGUGCACAACGCAGCCAACUCGCUGUCUGCGGACCAGAUCUCCGGAGCUGUGCUGUUCGGAGACCCAUUUAAGGCGCAGAGUGUGGGGAAGUUGGAUGAUAGUAAGAGGAAGGAGUUCUGUGCGCAGGGUGAUCCGGUUUGUUUGAAUGGGGGGAAUGUUAUGGCGCAUUUGAGUUAUGGGAAGAAUGCGGAGGAGGCGGCCAAGUUUUUGGUGGAUGCUUCUGGUGUAAGCACCUCUUAGGUUGGGAUUUGUAUAUACUUCGCUGAGGUUAGAGAAAUUGAAGGAGUGAG